UGAUGAUUUUUGAGCCCGUUUAGAGCGUUUUUCAAUUUGCUCGUCCCCGAGUCUUUGUAACAUUCAUGGCGGCUCUGCAGUGAGGGCUCUGGGGCGAGGGAAGGCACAAGCGGCCGCUCAUACCUGUGUUUAGGAUUCUGAUUCACCAAAACGUGGCAUUAUUAUACUAAAACUGAAUAUAUGACAAAAAUUUAACAUCUAACGAUUUAUAUUCAUGACUGAAUUGAUUUUUAGUGAAAUAAUGCAUUUUAUAAUAUUGUCACAAUCCCUGCAAAAAAUCUAAAUGUGCAUGCAUCUACACUUGAAUUGUAGCAACGAGGUAUUUGAUACGUAUUGAUACAUCACUUAAAUUUAAUCGGCGUAAGCGAUAUUCCUCGUACUUUCGCCAGUAACGUUAGCUUGCUCGCUAGCUGAGGCAUUCUUGCCAGCGGAAGCUGCGUGGUGACUCCUGCCGGAAUAAAGAUGCCAUUACCGGGGUUGGAAACAGACUAACGCCACUUGGCCAGUGAAGUGUCAAGGUGGAACUUGGUGAAUUCUGUCAUCAUGAAUGGCAGCACCAGUGUGUCUGGCACCCAGACAGGACGGCUCAAAAUUGAGUCAGAUGCAGAUACAUGGAGCAAAGAGGACUGUCUGACACUGCUGGAGAGGAUACGCAGUCUGCUACCUGAUGGAGACACAAUGAAGUAUAAAACCACAGAGUCUCAUUUUGACUGGGAGAAGGUUGGGUUUGGGGGUUUCACUGGAGACAUGUGUAAGCAGAAAUGGCAGAAAGUUUCCACAGAGGUGCGUAAAUACAGAACAAUGACAGAGCUCAUUGUUGAUGCUAUUGAAUAUGUGAAGAACCCAUACAAGGGGAAAAAGUUGAAGACACAUCCAGACUUCCCGAAGAAACCCCUCACUCCCUACUUUCGCUUCUUUAUGGAGAAGCGAGCCAAGUAUGCAAAAAUCCACCCCGAGAUGAGCAACUUGGAUCUCACCAAGAUUCUGUCCAAAAAAUACAAAGAGCUUCCUGAAAAGAAAAAGCUCAAGUACAUUCAAGAGUUCCAGAGAGAGAAAGAGGCUUUUGAGAAGAACAUGGCACGAUUCAAGGAGGACCACCCAGAUUUAAUAGAGGAGAGAAAGAAGUCAGACCUCCCAGAGAAGCCCAAGACCCCUCAACAGCUAUGGUACAACCAUGAGAAGAAGACCUACAUGAAAAUUCACCCAGAGGCAAGCCAGAAGGAGCUGAAGGAAGCAUUACGUAGACAAUGGUCCCAAUUAUUAGACAAAAAGAGGCUGAAAUGGAUCAGCAAAGCUCUAGAGCUGCAGAAGCACUAUGAGGAGACCAUGAGAGCAUAUCUUGAAGCUCAUCCGGAUGCAAACUCUGACGAACACGUCAAAUCUGUUCUGACCAAGGCUGAACGGCAGCUCAAGGACAAGUUUGAUGGUCGGCCAACCAAACCACCACCAAAUGGCUAUUCUCUGUACUGUGCUGAACUAAUGGUAAACAUGAAGGACGUGCCAAGUACGGAGCGAAUGGUGCUGUGCAGUAAGCAGUGGAAGAUGAUGACCCAGAAAGAGAAGGAUAUGUUCCAAAAACGAUGUGAACAGAAAAAGAAACAGUAUGAGAUUGACCUUCAGAGGUUUAUUGAGAGUCUCCCAGAAGAGGAGAGGGAGCGUGUGUUGACAGAGGAGAAGCUGGGAGGCUCCAGGCUGAACAUAGCGGGCGCAGGCAGCCCCCUAAGGGCCAAAUCCCCAUCUGUGAAGGAACGGUGUCGUGACCCUGAGCUGGAUCAGUGGGUACAUGGACUUUCAAAAGAGAAGCGAGACGCUAAGAAGAAAACACGGCUUCCUGAAACGCCGAAGACUCCAGAGGAGAUGUGGCAGCAGAGUGUGAUAGGAGACUAUCUGGCUAAAUACAGAAAUGACCGGAAGAAAGCGCAGAAUGCAAUGGAUGCUGCUUGGAAGGCCAUGGAAAAAAAGGAGAAGAUUCCUUGGAUCAAGAAGGCUGCAGAGGACCAGAAGCGAUACGAGAGAGAGCUGUUAGAGAUGAGGACAGUUCUGUCAGGACAGGGACAAAGAAAACCAAAAUUUGAUGGCGAGCCUAAGAAGCCCCCAGUGAGCGGGUAUCAAAUGUUCUCUCAGGAACUGCUAACUAACGGUGAGCUGAAUCACUUCAGCCUGAAGGAGCGCAUGGUGGAGAUCGGCAAGCGAUGGCACAAGCUUAGUCAGAGCCAGAAGGACAAAUAUAAAAAACAGGUUGAGGAGCAACAACUAGAGUACAAAGCUGAGCUUGACGCUUGGGUAAAGUCACUAUCCCCUCAGGAGCGUGCAGUAUAUAAAGAGUUCUCAACUACGAAACGGCGAAGCACUACAAAAGCACGAGGUCCUGGGGCGAAAGUCCAAGUCACCAAGGGGAAGGCGGUAGGUGCCAGAGCCGUGACAGUGGGUCCCGGGGGGGGCAAGCGUUCCAUGGCGUACCGGGCCAAGCAGGACACAUCGGACUCGGACUCGGAUGAUGAAAAAACAGGCACUUCAGACUCGGAUGAUGAAGAUGAUGAGUCAUCUAGCAGCACUGAUAGUGAGGAUGAUGAUGAAGAUGAUGAGAAUGAAGAUGACAAUGAUGACGACGACGAUGAUGACCAAUCAGACGGUUCCAGCAGCUCAUCAUCAGAAGAUAGUAUUGACUCUGAUUCAGACUAACCUGUCCUAGCCCCUCUUAGAGGGGGCUGUGCCGGACACACCCCCUAGCAACACCCCUGCCAGAAAAUGGGGAGGUGGUCCAGUAGCUGUGAGCUCACUGCAUGCAGUAAUCUGGCUCCCUAUCUUUACAGGGCAAAAAAACAUGAUGGGGGCCAACAGCUCUCCCCAUCAUUGUGUCCAUGUGUUAUGCGACUUGAAGUCAAUCGGACAAGUUUUUAAAAAAAAUUUUUCCUCUUUUAAAGGAGCUGUGUUACAUGUGUGGUUUUUUUAUUUUUAUUGCCUUUAUAUAGGUGUGUUAUUAAAAUCUGUGUUGCUUUGUUUUGUUCCUUUUAUUUUAACUUCAAAAUAAUUUGCUUAUUUAAGCCGGUUGAGCUUUUAUAAGUUUCGAAAGUAUCAGGGUUGCUCAGAGGUGGAUGUUAGGGAUAAAAACUUUGAAAUGGAGGAGAUGAAUUCUCCUGUUCUCCUGUUUAUAUUUGUUUGCCUCACCUAGUUGCUGGGGCUCUGAGGGCUAUAUGAGCUGCUCAAGUCUUGUUUGGAUCAUUCUGUUGCAGAUCCUCAGUAAUAAAUGCACUUUUUCCCC